GUUUAAUAUAAAUAAGAUCUUCUUUGAUAUAACUCUGAUUAAUAUAAUAAGCCUGAAAUUCCAAAAGUUAUCAAUACCGUGUAGAGAUAUUAUUGAAAUGUUAUAAAAUCUUCAUUUAUGAAAGUAAUAGCUACUCGCGUUAUUGAUAAAAGAAAGUUGGUUAACAAUCCAACUAAAAAAUCAGAACCCAUAAAUAAAAUUGCAUGCGUAAGCAUUUAAUUACAACCAAAUAGAUAUCCUUAAUAAUAAGUAUUUUCAUAGCUAGGUUCAAUUUCAAGUGAUAUAAGCAUGAAGUUGAUUAUUAAUAAAGUUAAAUUGGGAAACUUCUUAAAUUGUUUAAAAAGGAGGCACAUCAACAUUACUAUUACAAGUAUGGCUGCUUUAUGGAUCAAAUAAUUAUAAUCAUGUUAAACUAUUUCAUAUAUCAGUUUGCUGCCAACUAUAAUUGUUGAUAAAACGUAAGUGUAUAUGAGAAUAGGUUUUUACCAUGAAUUAAAUUUAUAUAAUCGAUAGGAG